AUGUUUGGUGCUUCCCGACCUGCAUUCGGCAACACGGGAGCUCCAGCCUUCGGGCAGCAGCAGACUGGAUCUUUUGGUCAACCUCAGUCAACGACCAAUGCGUUUGGGCCCUCUACUGGGACCAACGCGCACUCAGGGUUUGGCGGGUUCGGCAACACGCAGCAGCAGCCUGCAGCGUCUCCAUUUGGUAUGUCCACGCAACCACAACCUGCGAGUGGGCCCUUUGGCCAAGGAACAUCCUCGGUAUCGAACCCUCCUUCCCUGUUCAGCGGUAACGCCAGCGGUGUUGCGGCGUCAGGUGGGACUGGAAUCAAGCCUUUCACGGCAUACACGGAAAAGGACGCCACCACCGGUGGAACAAAUGUUUUUCAGUCGAUAACGUGCAUGCCGGAGUACAAGAGUUUCUCCUUUGAAGAGUUGAGAUUCCAGGACUACCAGGCGAACAACAAAGUUGGUCAGGCGGGGGGCGGUGUUGGCGGGGGUGUUUCUUCAGCCUUUGGGGCGCCAUCCGGUACUUCGCCCUUCGGUACUAACAGUCAAGGCACCUUUGGUGUAGGUACGACAAACGCAGCGUCUACAGGAGGACUCUUCGGUCAGAAUAACGCCAAUACAAACAAUUCACCAUUUGGCCAGACUUCUACGAGCAAUGCCUUUGGGCAGCCUGCCAACUCGCCUUUUGGCCAGUCAAAUACCACUAAUGCAUUUGGUCAGAACACUGGCAUGUCCACCAACUCACCAUUCGGCCAAGGCAAUGCUGCAGCCAACUCUCCUUUUGGAAUGAACAAGACCUCCACGACCAGCACUGGUGGGCUAUUUGGACAGCAAAAUACCACUGGUGGGUUCGGGCAAGCUGGCGCAACUGGCACUGGACUUUUUGGACAGAGCGCCGGCACGAACACUUCGACCCCAUUUGGCCAGUCGAAUACCUUCAACCAGGCUGGAACCACUUCUGCUGGUGGUUUGUUCGGUCAGAACACGAACAGACAGCAGUCGGGGAACCUUUUUGGCUCCACGAAUCAGCAAAAUGGCAGCAUGUUCGGUCAGAAUAACCAGACCACCACCGGCGGUCUUUUUGGCUCCAACCCAACGAACACAUUUGGUCAAAACACUGCAUCUGGUAACCUAUUUAAUAAGCCUGCCACAACAGGAGGUGGCCUUUUUGGGCAGAAUACCACUCAGCCAAGCGGUGGUGGCCUGUUUGGGCAGAAUAACACAACUAAUGCAUUUGGGCAGUCCAAUCCGUCUUCUGGCGGUCUUUUUGGGCAGAACAAUCAAUCUAUGCCACAAGGCGGAAUGUUAGGUCAAGGCACGCAGCAGCAGAACGGCUUCAUAGGUCAGUCGAACCAACAGCAGCAAGGUGGUCUUUUUGGCCAAAAUAUGCAACAGUCUCAGCAGCAAGGCGGCUUAUUUGGCCAAAACAGCGCGAACAAUACAUUUAGACAGAAUAACAACACUGGUGGGUUGUUUGGAAACAAGCCUGCUGCUGCAGGUGGUCUCUUUGGCCAAAAUACUACGGGGAGUACUUUCGGUCAAUCGAACAAUUCUGGGGGACUAUUUGGCCAAACAAAUAACCAACAGCAGGGGAAUGUGUUUGGUACUAAUAACCAGCAGCAGGGUGGUUUGUUUGGGCAGAACAAUAACCAGCAGGGUACCGGACUCUUUGGCCAGAACUCUAACCCACAGCAGGGUAAUGGCAUUCUAGGGCAAAAUAACCAACAACAAUCUGGUGGGCUGUUCGGUCAAAAUUCGAACCCACAAAACAACCAGCAGGGUGGGCUUUUUGGGUCGAAACCCGCCAAUACCACUGGAGGUGGCCUGUUCGGCAACAAUUCAUCAACCACAGGUAACGGGCUUUUCGGCGCAAAUAACCAACAACAAACACAGCAGGCCGGUGGACUAUUUGGUAACAACAAUGGCCAGUCCACCACCGGCAGUGGUGGAUUAUUUGGCAAUAAGUCUGCCGGUGCAUCUGCAGGUGGUGGACUAUUCGGCAAUAACACUACCCAAACGGGCUCAACCGGCGGCGGCCUUUUCGGUAAUAAUACGUCGACCGGCAACACAAAUGGGACUGGGGGCGGUCUCUUUGGAUCAAAGCCUGCUGACGCGUCUUCGGUAACUGGGGGUGCAUCUGGGGGUCUCUUUGCACCUAAGCCAGCCGGCGCGGCUAGCGGCGGUCUCUUUGCAUCUAAGCCGGCGGCUACUACGACGGGCGGGCUCUUCGGAUCGAAACCUGCCGGGAGCGCUACUGGCGGGCUCUUUGGAAACAACAGCUCUACUUCCAAUAACACAGGCAUCGGUGCGCUGCAACAAUCCGGCAUUAAUGGUGCAGCUGUGGGCGCAGCGCAGCAAUCGAACCCUUACGGAACAAACGAGCUCUUCUCUAGGGUCAUCCUUCCGAACUCUCUCACGCAGCCUUCGAAGCCCAGUGCCACCAAGCUGAACGCGGACAACAAGAAACGUGCGUCAUUGACUAGUGCUUACCGUCUGGCGCCAAAGCCUCUUUUCACCGCCAAGUCGAAGCCCGCGACGGCCAUGCCCGGCACAUUGCACAGGAAAGCGUCGCUCUCCACGUCGCAGGAGUCGCUCCGCGAGAAAAUACCGCCGUCUACCGGCUCGACGGUGUUCAGCAGCGAGACCGACGAGAUUAUCCUUGCCUCCUGCCACAAGCUUUUCAACCCCGACAAGAAGUCGUUCAAGAACCUCGUGCUCAACCGCAAGAAGAUGGAGGAUGCAGGCGCGGGCUACGAGGAGUCAGAACCGAAGCGCAUCACCUUCGCGCCCGCCGACCGCGAGCCCUCGCCCGCCGAGCCCGCCCCUGCCCCCGCCCCACCAAAGGACAGCCUGUCCGCCGAGCCCGCCCCUGCCCCCGCCGAACAGCCAUCGCCUGCGCCCGGACUCCUGGGCGACGACAUCGGCUUCGGCGACGACGGCUACUACAUCGCACCAGCCCUAGACUCUCUCGCGGCCAUGUCCCUGCUUCAGCUACGCCGUGUCUCCGGCCUUGUCGUGGGCCACCACCUCCACGGCCGCAUCGAGUUCCUUGCCCCCGUCGACCUGUCCAACAUCCCACUCCCUGCCAUCUGCGGCAACCUUGUCCGCUUCACAGAGAAGGUCUGCGAGGUCAGCUACGUCGGCUCUGAACCCCCCGCCCCGGGCGAGCAGCUCAAUGUCCGCGCCCGCAUCUCUCUCCACAAUACCUUCCCCACUGACAAGGCUUCGCGCCUCCCAAUCAAGGACCCCAAGCAUCCCAUCCUCAAGCGCCACAUAGAGAAGCUCAAGAAGAUCGAGCACACCCGUUUCGAGGCCUACGACGUCAAGACGGGCACCUACACCUUCAUCGUAGACACGCCGGUCGCCUAA